AUGUCGUCUCCCUCCCAACUUCGCCCUCGCGGGUCCUCCAAAUUCAUUGAAGGCUCUGAGGCCACAGGUCCAGACGUACUCCUGCGCGCCCAAACCUCGAACAAACUUCUCUUAAAAAUCCUCUCCGAAAUGGACGCCAUGGAGUGUAAGCAGAAGCCAACGGGUCGCAACCCCGGGCACGCCCACCGCGUCUCCAGCUCCUCGCUCGAGUCCUUCGCUUCUUCAUCAUCCUCGCGCUCGAAAAAUACCGUGCUGCCAAAAGAGAAAGACUGGCGACGAGGCCUCACAUUUGGAAGAAUGAGUACGGAGAGGCUCAGGGAACAGUAUGGAAAUGGAGAACAUGACUCGGAAACGCUUGCGAACAAGGUUAUAGGGCGCCUGAGGGCGUUGACUGGAGGUGCCAGGCCUUACCCAGGGCCAUGA